AGUAAAAGUAGAAGGUAAAAAGUGUGAAAAUAGACCCAGACUCGAAACCAUAAAAAGGACGUGGAUAGUUUAGAAUACGGUUUUUUGGUUGGUUGGUUUGGAGGGCGGGCUAGUAUAUGUAUCGCAGCUGGAUAUAUAUCAGAUACAAUUUUACCCAUUGCGCGCAUUAUCCCAUGCCAUGCCAUGCUUCAGUCCAUGCAUUCAUUCGUCCAUCCAUCCAUCCACCAAUCCAUCCAUCCAUUGCUUAUAGCAGCCCAGCUCAGCCCAGCCCAGCCCAAACCAAUAGAACACGCUCCAAGUCGCAACGACGACAACGACAACAACAACAGCACACAAGAAAACAGUCUAUCUAUAAAACACCCUACCACCAUGCCAAAAAGCACGCACGCACGCACGCACGCACGCACGCACCAAUCUCCCUUUCUAUCUAUCCCCCACCCAACGCGACGUAGUCCUUUUUGUUUUUGCGUCAAAAAGGAGAGGGAUCGGGGGUUCUGUUCGGUUUCUCCCACGUGCGCGGGGGGGGGAGUUCUGUCCCCACGCGCGGGGAAAAGCAAGCAUCGAGAAAAAGACAAAAAAGAUGAAAGACGGAAGAAAGGGAGAACUCCGUUAUGCCUUUGGGCCGGGACUUAAUGUCAUACCUCGCCGCUCGCCUGCCCUAGAAAGAGAAAGAGAAAGAGAAAGAAGAAAAAAAUGCCAUGUUACAAAAUU